AUGGAGGAUUGCAGGGCUGUUGUAACUCCAUCUAAUGCACAGUUCAAGCUUAAGAGUUUGACUCCUGAGGAGUUGGUUGAGGAGACACAGUUGAUGAGUUCAGUUCCUUAUGCAAGUGCAGUGGGAAGUCUGAUGUAUGGUAUGAUUGGUACUCGUCCAGAUUUAGCGUAUGCGGUCGGUUUGGUCAGUAGAUUCAUGGCAAAUCCAGGAAGAUGUCAUUGGUCUGCGGUUAAGUGGAUUUUGAGAUAUCUUAAGGGAGCUUCAGAUGUGUGUCUAAACUUCAAGAAUUCAGACAAGUUUGAGAUUGAAGGGUUUUGUGAUUCAGAUUACUCUGCAGAUCUUGACAGGAGAAGGUCAAUAUCGGGUUAUGUCUUCAAGGUUGGUGGUAAUACUGUGAGUUGGAGGUCUACUCUUCAGCAUGUUGUGGCUCUUUCAACUACUGAGGCAGAGUACAUGGCACUCACAGAGGCAGCUAGAGAGGGAAUUUGGUUGAAGAUUUUCUGCAGUGAAUUGGGGUUUAAGUCAGAGAGUUUCAAGUUGAAUUGUGACUCGCAGAGUGCAAUCUGUUUGGCGAAGAAUCCAGUUCAUCAUGACAGGACCAAGCACUUUGAGAAUAAAGUGCAUUUCAUCAGGGACAAGGUGGAGGAUGGUUCAGCUAAGGUGCAGAAGAUUCAUACUUCUCUAAAUCCUGCGGAUAUGUUGACAAAGAGUUUACCACGCAACAGCUUUGAGAGGUGCCUGGUGACACUUAAUGUCACCAACUGA